CACUCACUGGAGCAGCACCAGCACGGCAGCGCCACCGAUGAAGCCCUUCUCGCGGAGCCUGCAGCGAGAUCUGGACGCCGCGGCCGUCGACGACGACGGCGAUGGCAAGCAGUACUCCGCCGAGGACGGCGGCGGCAAGCAGAACCCCGAGAGGGGCGCACGGCGGCCGUCCCGGCUCUUCUACCUCGCGCUCCUCUACGUCGUCUUCUGGGGGCUGGUAUUCUACCACCACUUCUCCACCAGCAUGCAGCAGUCAGUCAGCGCGGCGGUGGCAGCGCCCGCCGUGCUCCAGCUCAAGCCGGCGGCCUUCUUCUCGGUGCCCCGCAUCUUCCGCCGCGACCCGUGCGCCGGCCGCUACGUGUACAUGUACGACCUGCCGCCGCGGUUCAACGCCGACCUCGUCCGCCAGUGCCGCCGGAUCUCGGGCUCCACCGACGUCUGCAAGGACGUGGCCAACGACGGGUUCGGCCCGCAGAUCACGGGCGGCGGUGAGAGCGGGUCGCUGCCGGAGAGCGGGGCCUACGACACCGACCAGUACAUGCUCGGCCUCAUCUUCCACGCCCGGAUGCGGCGGCACGAGUGCCUCACCGCCGACCCCGCCGCCGCCGCCGUGGUGUACGUCCCGUUCUACGCCGGGCUCGACUCGGCGAUGCACCUCGGGAGCAAAGACCUCGCGGCGCGGGACGCGCUGUCGCGGGACGUGGUGGACUGGCUGUUGCAGCGGCCAGAGUGGCGCGCCAUGGGCGGCCGCGACCACUUCCUGGUGUCCGGGCGGGGCACGUGGGACUUCAUCGUCAGCCCCGACGCCGUCGGCUGGGGCAACGCGCUCAUGACCUUCCCGGCCAUCCUCAACGCCACGUUCCUCACCACCGAGGCCAGCCCAUGGCACGGAAACGACUUCGCCGUGCCGUUCCCGUCGCACUUCCACCCGUCGUCCGCCGCCGAGGUCGCCGGCUGGCAGGACCGCAUGUACCAGAUGGACCGCCCGUUUCUCUGGGGCUUCGCCGGCGGGCCCCGCGGCGGCAGCCAGCGCACGGUGCGCGCCCAGAUCAUGGAGCAGUGCGGCAGGUCGAGCCGGUGCGCGCUGCUGGGCGUGCCGGCGCCGGGGCACUACGCGCCGGGCCGCGCCAUGCGGCUGCUGGAGAGCGCCGAGUUCUGCGUGCAGCCGCGCGGCGAUGGGUACACGCGCAAGUCCACCUUCGACACCAUCCUCGCCGGCUGCAUCCCGGUCUUCUUCCACCCGGUCUCCGCCUACCUCCAGUACAUCUGGCACCUGCCGAGGGACCACCGGAGCUACUCGGUGUUCAUCCCGCACGGCGACGUGGUGGAGCGGAACGCCAGCAUCGAGGAGGUGCUGAGCAGGAUACCGCCGGCGAAGGUGGCGCGGAUGCGGGAGCGGGUCAUCCGGCUCAUCCCCACCGUGCUGUACCGGGACCCGGCGGCCAAGGGCGUGACGUUCAAGGACGCGUUCGACGUCGCCCUCGAGCGCGUCAUCGACCGGGUGGCGAAGCGCCGGCGCGCCGCCGCCGAGGGACGGGAGUACGUGGACAGCGUCGACGGGAAAUUUAGCUGGAAGUACGACCUGGCACAAGAUAGGGAGAAAAUGUUGGCUCCGCACGAGUUCGAUCCAUAUAUCAACACGUAACUGCAGAUGAUUUACUUAUGUUUGUCCAACGAAAUCAGUGAGCUUCAAAUCACCUUUUGAUCUGGACUUUGGAGAGUUUGGACUUUCCUCACUUAAUAAAGUGCUCAUAGGAAACCA